GUAUCUUCGCAACCAAAUACAACAAGAUGUGGCAAAAAACAAAAAAAAAAAUAAAUGAAAGAAAAUAAAAAACAGUGAAUAAUGUUUAAUUUUUUUCCUAUUCAGUUGUUAAAUGACGGUUCGAGCGACUUAACGCGUCAGUACGAGAAGAGCUAAAAAACACGACACGAAAAAAACGUUCUAUUUAUUUGUUAACACUUAUAGAUGCGCGCGCGUAUCUUUAAAAUACAAAAAAAUAUAUAAUUUUGAAUUUAAUUUCAAUUAAAAGUUAAAAAAAAGUAAUCAUUUAAAAUCAAUUAACCAGUUAAGAGCUACAAAACUAAUUGCAACAACCAACAACUACAACUGUGAUAUUUAUUAACAAAACUAAACCUAAAAAAAAAAAUAAUAACACACAAAUAUUCCAAACAUGUCUGAUUACUUUGAUGAAUUGGGUCAUACACCCACUGGUCCAGAGGGAGCUAACGAUUUUGAACGCAACUAUAAACGUCUACAGGUAUUGGCCAUAAUGAACGGCAUAGAUAUGGAAAUUGAAGUACCUGAAGCAUCGAAAAGAGCCAUUGCUGAACUGCCAGUACAUGAAAUCACUAUCGACGAUGAUAAAGAAAAUUUGGAGUGUGCUGUAUGCAAGCAACCAGCUGAGAAUGGUGAAAAAUAUAAAAUAUUACCCUGUAAACAUGAAUUCCAUGAGGAGUGUAUAUUAUUGUGGUUGAAAAAGGCCAACUCCUGUCCCAUGUGCCGCUAUGAGCUGGAAACUGAUGAUGAGGCUUAUGAGGAAUUAAGACGUUAUCGUCAAGAUGAAUCAAAUCGUCGAGAAAGACAAAAUAAUUUAUUAGAUUCUAUGUUUUCUUAAUUAGUUUAGGGUUUUACUUUUUUUGGAUUUAAUUGUAAUGUAUGGCAAUGGUAUAUGUAUGAGUGAUUGGUUUUAUUUUGAACAAAUGUGUAAUUUUUGUUAAUGCCUAAAAGUAGACUUUUAAUUUUGAUCAUGGAAAUUUAAUGUAAUUGGUAUAAGGUGAAAUAUAAGAAAAAUGGAAAACAAAAAAUUUAUUGGAAAGGGAAAAUAAA